AUGACGAAAAGGGACAGCUCAAACUGCUUCUGCAAAGAUUUACACAAGCUGAACCUUGUGAUGCAGUUUGACUCUGAACCUAUGAGAAAUCCAAAGGCUAUCAUGGCAAAACUAGAUGGGGCCAAGUUCUUUUCCAAGAUCGACCUCCAUAAAGUCAAAGUUAGCAAACUGAAAUUGCUUCAUAACACAGAUCUUGUUGAAUCUCCUGUUAUUCUAUGGACCUAUCCUGUUGCUUUAAGGAUUACAUUUGAAGGAGAAGAUUCAAACCGUGUACAGACAUCACAUGAGAAGCUAGAUAAAGGUUCAAACCAUGUACAGACAUCACAUGAGAAGCUAGAUAAAGAUUCAAACUAUGUACAGACAUCACAUGAGAACCUAGAUAAAGAUUCAAACCGUGUACAGACAUCACAUGAGAAGCUAGAUAAAGAUUCAAACCGUGUACAGACAUCACAUGAGAAGCUAGAUAAAGAUUCAAACCGUGUACAGACAUCACAUGAGAAGCUAGAUAAAGAUCCAAACCGUGUACAGACAUCACAUGAGAAGCUAGAUAAAGAUUCAAACCUUGUACAUACAUCACAUGAGAAGCUAGAUAAAGAUCCAAACCUUGUACAGACAUCACAUGAGAAGCUAGAUAAAAGUUUAAUGUUUGUACAGACAUCACAUGAGAAGCUAGAUAAAGAUUCAAACCUUGUACAGACAUCACAUGAGAAGCUAGAUAAAAGUUUAAUGUUUGUACAGACAUCACAUGAGAAGCUACAUAAAAGUUUAAUGUUUGUACAGACAUCACAUGGAAAGCUGGAUAAAAGUUUAAUGUUUGUACAGACACCUCCUUGA